CAAAGCCUUCCAAAAAGCCAUAAAUCCAUCACAUCAAAUCAUCCACGGACCCCAUCCACCUCCUUUAACCCCCCCCCCCUCCCCAACCACCACAGUUUCCUCACCGCUUCGUUUUCCUGCCGUUCGCUCCUCAGCUUUCUGCAGUUUCCCCAGCUAGCCAAACACCUGCUCGAACUGUAGUUUCCUUCCCUCAAUUUCCUUCCAAUUUUGCUUCUCACGUAUCAAUUUCCCCUUCUCUUUCGCACCUCAACUUUGAUCCCUGGGUAAUUCGAUUCCCCAUUUUUAGGGUUUCUGUUUGUAUUCUCUUUUUUCACCUUCAUUCGUUCUCAUGAAAUGAUCGUCGAUUACGAGGACCGCGGUGGGGGGGAUGAUUCUGAUUCAUGUUCCAAGUCGAUAAACGAGACGGUGAAUGGGUCCCACCAUUUCACCAUCAGGGGUUACUCCCUGGCUAAAGGAAUGGGUCCCGGAAAGUACAUAACCAGCGAUACAUUCACAGUGGGGGGUUAUGAUUGGGCCGUUUAUUUCUACCCUGAUGGUAAGAAUAUUGAGGAUUCUUCCACGUAUGUCUCUGUUUUCAUCGCCCUUGCUAGUGAGGGCACUGAUGUCAGGGCGCUGUUCGAGCUGACACUAUUGGAUCAGAGCGGAAAAGGGAAGCAUAAAGUUCAUAGCCAUUUUGAUCGGGCGCUCGAGAGUGGCCCGUAUUCUUUGAAAUAUAGAGGAAGCAUGUGGGGUUACAAACGAUUUUUCAGAAGAUCAGUUUUGGAAACUUCUGACUACCUGAAGGAUGAUUGCCUGUCUAUGCACUGUACUGUUGGAGUUGUGAGAACUCGUGUUGAAGGACCCAAAGAUUAUAGUGUUUCUGUUCCUCCAUCAGACAUGGGCCAAAGUCUCAAAUAUGUGCUGGAUGCUGAACUUGGUUGUGAUAUUGAUUUCCGUGUUGGCGAAGAGACUUUUAAGGCUCAUAAGUUGAUACUAGCUGCUCGUUCUCCUGUGUUUAGAGCCCAAUUCUUUGGGCUUGUGGGGAAUCCUAAUUCAGACAAAGUAGAACUUGAGGAUAUUGAGCCCUCAAUUUUCAAGGCUAUGCUCCAUUUUAUUUACUCUGAUGAGCUUCCGGAUUUGCUUGAAAUUGCUGGCUCUACUUCAACACGUACAUCUACUAUAAUGAUGCAGCAUAUAUUGGCUGCAGCGGACCGCUUUGGUUUAGAUAGGCUGAAACAGUUAUGCGAGGCUAAAUUAUGUGAAGAAGUUAAUGUGGAUACAGUGGCUACGACUCUUUCCCUUUCGGAGCAGCAUCAAUGCCUACAGCUUAAAGCCAUAUGUUUGAAAUUUGCAGCAACAAACUUGGGAGUAGUCAUGCAGUCAGAAGGAUUUAAGCACUUAGAAGAGAGCUGCCCGUCACUGUUGUCAGAGCUACUGGAAACAGUUGCAUCAGUUGAUGAGAAGGCGACUGUGAUGUCUAGCAAGAAAAGGACUAGCAGCAGCAUCUUUGGGUUGGAUCUGGCAGAUGGUGCUGCAGCAGAAUCUGUUAAUCCAAAUGCUAGGCGUGUGCGAAGACGGAUGUAAUCUUAUAGUAGUCUUUGAGUGCAAAGCAAGCUUCUUGGUAGAAAAUCUGCUACUAGAAAAUUUAGCUGAUGAUUAUGUUUAUGUUAGUCAAUUCGUUGUUACCGGGAUGUAGGAACAGUUCUAAUGAGCUUAAGUGAUAACUUUUAAUGUUAGCAUUAUUGGUUUCAUGUCCUCUGUUGAUCCAAACAACCUAAGGGCAGGAUAGGUGGUCUAUAAUGUAUCUUGUUAUCUUUUUUUACUACCUGAGCUACUUGUUUCUGUAAGACACAGCUUUAAUGAAUAUGUAACGAGUUCCCCAUAUAAGUGAUGCACGUAUUAUUUUUUUGCUCA